GAUGAAGAGUUUCGAGCGAGCAGAACGGAGCUAAGCACACGUUAAUGGCGGCAAAAAUCUUCUGAAAUCCCUCCAAUACCAGAGUCGCCUCCGGUUCUUUCGGAUUCCUCAAGCUCAGUCAUUGCAUGCAGCAGGGCCUCCAAUGUGUCCAUUUCCUAAGUGAUGUUGCUAUGAUUAUAUGGCAUACUAUCUGCCCGCAAACCUCCAUAAUCACAUGCAUUCUUUCUUGAGGAGUUUUAACUGCCUCAGAACGUGCUUAUCAAAAACUCAAAUAUUUGGGAACAACUAUUGCUGUAUCAGACAGCAAAACUUUUUCUGUCCCUCGUCAUCUAUAUCUAGCAAGGGUUUUUGUGCCCCGUCCUGUUCAGUAUUUCCUGGAGUUCAUGCAACUUCUGAUAGAGGUGUAGUGAUUCCUUCUGAGAGUCCACAAGCAGUGCAACAAGGUGCUCUGUUUGAUUCAGUCAUAAAUAAAGAAAAAGAAGCAAAGGCUGGAUCCUCUAGUGGGAGGGUGAUGCUAAUUGAUGGCACAUCAAUUAUAUAUAGAGCUUACUACAAGCUUUUAGCAAGGUUGCACCACGGCUAUCUAUCACAUGCCGAUGGCAAUGGAGACUGGGUUUUGACUAUAUUUACAGCUUUAUCUCUUAUCAUUGAUGUCCUUGAAUUUGUCCCUUCUCAUGUGGCGGUCGUGUUCGACCAUGAUGGAAUUCCAUUUGGUCAAACUAGUAAUCCAUCCAAAGAAAGUUUCAUGGCAAAAGGUUUGAAUUUCCGCCAUACUAUGUACCCAUCAUAUAAGAGCAAUCGCCCCCCUACACCUGAUACCAUCGUCCAGGGACUUCAAUACUUGAAAGCAUCCAUCAAGGCUAUGUCCAUCAAAGUAAUUGAGGUACCUGGUGUUGAAGCUGAUGAUGUGAUUGGAACGCUGGCAUUGAGGAGUGUUGAUGAAGGAUAUAAGGUGAGAGUUGUGUCCCCAGACAAGGACUUUUUUCAGAUUCUUUCUCCAUCACUUCGCCUUCUUCGUAUUGCUCCACGUGGCAUUGAGAUGGUUUCCUUUGGAAUGGAGGAUUUUGCUGAAAAAUAUGGAACCUUGAAGCCUUCCCAGUUUGUUGAUGUCAUUGCGCUUGUGGGUGACCGAUCGGAUAAUAUUCCAGGAGUUGAUGGAAUUGGCAACGUUCAUGCUGUACAAUUGAUAACUAAAUUUGGCUCGUUAGAGAAUUUGUUGCAGUGCGUGGAUCAAGUCAAAGAGGAACGGAUUAGACAGGCUUUGAUUACGGAAGCUGACAAGGCUGUCCUUAGCAAAAAUCUGGCACUUCUACGUUCUGAUCUUCCUUUUUACAUGGUACCAUUCAAAACCAAAGAUCUCACCUUCGAUAAACCCGAGAGUGUCAAGUGUUUAACCUCGUGCAAUUCGAUUGGCUCAAAAACACUAGCACUACUUGGAACUCACGGGGUUACUCGUUGCCUCAAUUUCUGAUUUCGUCAUCCUGUUUGGGUUUGGGUGACAUGAUUGGCCAAGAUAAUGGGGAAAAGUUCACGAGCCUCUUGACCGCCAUCAGUGCAUAUGCAGAAGGAUUCUCAGCCGACCCGGUCAUUAGGAGAGCCUUCUAUCUAUGGAAGAAGCUCGACCCUCGAUGAUCCAUUCUCAAGAGUUACUGUCACAGAUGUUUCUAUUCCUCCAUCGUCUUCUUUGUUCUACAUGUCUCUUUCCAAGGAGCAUAUUUAAAGGAAAAAAUUUCGAAAUAUGAAUUUAUGUUGGCAUUUCUUUUAGACUUACGAUGAAAGUUCCAAUGA